AUGGCCGAGCCGGUUACCAUUCGCGGUAGGCGCGUCGCAUCCACGUCGUCACGUCCUGACCACCGCGCCGCCUUCACUGAAGCCGGGCUCGCGUUGCUUUUCUCUUCCUGCGCGCGGCUCGAAUCUCUGGAGCUGCACUGCCCGCCAAAUCUGACCGCUCUUCCUCCGUCAAUCUGCGGGUUGACUCGCUUGGCGGCGCUAAAAAUCACUGCUAGGGGACUAAAACACCUUCCUGACGGAUUCCGUCAACUUUCCGCCCUCGUCAGUCUAUCGAUCAACGCAGAAGCCUUAGAGAAGCUUCCAGCCGGCUUCGCGACAGACAUCGACGAGACUCUGGAAACCUCCGUUCAACCAAACGAUUCAAGCAUUUUAGAUGCGAAUCCAGCAGAUGCCGCAUCGGAGAAUGCCGCUCGUCAGAGUAGCGACAUUCUGCCUCAGGAGAAUAAUUCUUCGCUAGUUACUUCGCUCGCCUCGCUCUCCCUCUCGAACACUCCUUCCCCCGCACCCCCCCUCCCCACGCUCUCCGCCCUCCGCCACCUCUCCCUCGGCCGCUGCCGCGCUCUCCGCGCGCUCCCCGCAUCCCUCCCCGCCGCCCUCCCCCUUCUCGAAACCCUCGAGCUCCGCGAAUGCGCCACGCUUUCCGCCGUCCCCGUCUCCCUCCCCGCGCGCCUCCCCCGCCUCCGCGCGCUCACCCUCGCGUACCUCCCCUCCCUGCGCACCCCCCUGCCCGCGCUCCUCUCCGCAUCCCCCCCGCCUGCUCCAGGCGCAGCGGAGGAACCGGAAAACGGCGAUCUCAGUGCAGUUUCGGCAGGGGAGAACGGGGAACCUUUUAUCGAGCCAGCUUGUAAGGAGGAUGCGGGGGAGAGCAGGGCGGGACUGGCCCGGCUGGAGCUACUGGGAUGGAAGCACAUGCAGGAGUUACCUGCCCUCACUGCUCUCUCCGCCUCCCUCACUCACCUCACCAUUUCCAACUGCCCCGCCCUCUCCUCUCUCCCCGACGAGCUCUGCCAUCUGCCCCACCUCCGCUCCCUCACUCUCUCCUUCCUCCCACUCAUCACCUCCCUCCCUGCCUCCCUCCACCUCCUCUCCCACUCGCUCCAUCAUCUAGACAUCACCUCGUGUGAUAUGCUGCAGAGUCUCCCCGCGUCCCUCACAGCGCUCUCCGCCCUGCGCUCCUUGAAUUCUGACACUGUUCCUCCAUUCCCCCCUCCUCUCCCCUCUUUGCAUUCCCUCACUGUCUCUGACUGCCCUCGCAUCUCCCGCCUCCCUCCCUUCCUCUCCUGCUCCCCCACUCUCCUCCACUUGAAGCUGCACGGCCUCUCUGAUCUCACCCUCCUCCCGUUUCACACCGCACCCAAUGCUAAUAUAACGGGUGUGGCUCUAACGGGUGCAGAUGCGGUAACUGGCGCUGCUGCUGCUGCUGCUGCUGCUGCUGCUGCUGCUGCUGCUGCAGGAUCGGACACACUUGAAGGGUCCGGUGGGAUGAUAGGAUUGGUGACGCUUCACAUUGACUUGAAGCACAACGCGCACAUCAUACACCUCCCUCACUCACUCUUUUCCCUCCCCUCGCUCGCCACACUCACUCUCUCACACCUCUCGCACGUCGCCUCCAUCCCCCACUCCCUCUCCCUCCUCGCUCCCACCCUCACUCACUUGCACAUCAGCCACUGCCCCUUGCUGACCGCCCUCCCUCCCUCCCUCUGCCGCCUCUCCUCCCUGCAAUCCCUUGUCAUCCAAUCAUGUGCGUCCCUGACGACUCCUCGCCACACUACCACCCUCCCUCCCCUUAGCCCCCUCCCUCACUUCCCUCACUAUCGCCUCGUGUGA